UUUUUUUGAUGCACAUUCCAUAUUCUUCUUUUUUUAAAAAAACAUUCUCAACAUGUGUUUGCAUUUUAUUUUUCCUACUAUUUUAUUAAUUCUGCUUUGUUAUUUGGAAAUAAAUAAAAUUAAAGAAAAAAAUCCCAUGUUAGAUAUCCACCUUGGUGGUCUCGUAUCAACUGAACUUUGAUCAUUUCAAUCAUUAAUUUUCUCUUGAGAUCUCCAACUCUACUGCCUUAAGAAGAGCUGAAACUUUAAUCAACAUGUAUACACUUUUAGCUUAAUAAUAAUAAUAAUAAUUCUUGAAGAGGACUGUUUCCUUUUACUUGGAGAUGCAAUAUGAAGGACAGUGGUAACAUCUCUCAGUACAGAAGUAGACUGGAUCAGACGCUGUCGUCUGAUGAUCUUGUCGAUUAUGAUAGGCUUAAGUCCCUUGUCAAGAACCAAAUCGUAUGUUUAUCAGAGUGUGAUCUUCACGAAUGUAUUGAUAAUCUAGUAGAUAGAAGAACCAAGGAAGUAGCAAACUUCCUGAGCAUGUUGAGGAGUGCAUCAGUAACUGAUUCUGAGGCAUCGCGUGAUGGAUGGAGAGUAAAACAGGACAGUGAGGAGAUUCGUGUUAUGUAUCGAGAGGGACCAGAAGGCACUCCUUAUCAUACCCUCCUAGCUGAAGGCUAUGUGGAUGGCCCAAUAGACGUUUGUUUAUGCAUUUCAUGGGAGGCAGAACUCUACAAAAAGUGGUGGCCACAAACUACAAUUCCAACUUUUAAAAUCGCGACAUCUCAAUGUUUGCAAAAGGUCAGAACUGGUGAACAAAUAUGUUUAGUAAGAACGAAGCUCUCAAGGCCAUUGUCAGCAAGGGAAGCUGUAGUACAUGUAUUUGCAUUUGAAUACUUUCAAGACGGUCUUAUAGUUGUGGUUGCCAAUACUAUCUCUGACUUAGAUAGUGUUGAUAGAAGUACCCAUUGUUAUUCCAAAGAUGAGAUACCCGAUGUGCAGGAUGUAGUACGAGUUGAUCUUGCGGGAGGUUUUGCUUUACAAAAAGUUACUGAUAAUCGAAGCUACUUCAGGACAAUAGGAAAUUUGGAUGUUAAACUGGAUUUUAUACCUUCAGCGUUAAUAAAUUUCGUCGCGAGGCAGCUCAUAGGAGGUGGUUUCAAGCUUUACAAAAAGGAAGUAGCUUCAGUUGCUAAAGGUGAUGAAGACUUCAGCAAGGCUCUAAAGGAUCCAAUGUAUGCUCGAAUACGUGAAGCUCUUUACUCGAAUAAAAUACCUUUAGAACUUCAAGACAUGAGGAAAAAUGCAGUUCCUCUUGAUGAAGAAACUAGAAGAAAGAAUGAUGAAAGAUGUCGCGAGGAAAAGGUUCAUAGUGAAAUCGAGGAGAUUGAAGACGAAGCCUGUAAAAAGAUGGAAUAUCAAAAUCAGGAUGACAGGUACAUAGAUGAUUCUCCAGUCAAUCAACUUGUUCAGAAACCGAGCAAGCACGAGAAUGUUGGUAUUAGCCCUGAGGUCAAACAAGCUUUAAGAACUUUGGAUAAGGCUAUUUCUAUCAUAAGGGAAUAUGGAUGUAACCUCGAAAUUAGGACAGUUCCAGAAACUAACAUAUCAGUAGAAGGGGAGAUAUACAGUCUACAAGAUUCAAAAUCAUCAGAAGCUGAUAAGGAUGGUAGAAACGUCGGAGAUUUUGGUGUAAUACCCAAACAGGAAUUUAGAGAAGCAACCUCUUAUGAAAACAGAAAUAGCUCUUGUUCCAGGUGCACGAGUUCUAGUUUGUGCACAAGGGAACCACCCCAUAACAAGAUUGCUCCAGCAUCACCAGAUGUUUAUGCUGCAAUUCGUGGUGAUGAGGCACAUCACAUCGCUCUAUGCUCUUCAACAGAUGAAGCAACAACAGGGAAAACAAUGGAGAAGUUAUUGAAGGAGGACAAUGUGACGGUUGCCUAUGAGGAUAGCAUCCAUGAGAAGGAGCUCGGUGAAAGAAAAACUAGAAAAAUACCAAGAAAAUGUUGCUUAAAAGUGAGGAAAAUUAUUUAAGGGAGAGUAGAAGAUAUUGUGAGAAAUGAAGAUCAACACAAGCAGUGUUCUGUGCAAUACAAUAUCUACAGUUGAAAUGUGAGACCUGCAUGUAAAACAAUAUCUUGUUACUCGAGUGUUAUAACCGGUUGAGUUUUCGUUCUCUUUUGUACAACAUAUGGAUAUGAAGCAAAAAUGUGAGAACUUCAUUUAAGUUUAGCUGCAAAUACGAAAUUUAAUGAACAUGUCA